GAUCGGUGGAGUGGGCGCGACUGCGGAUUUGGUGCCGUGAGAAGCACCUUCGCUGGCUUGACUUUUGCUUUCAUUGCGCUUCCAUUUGUCCUUCCAUUUGUGCAGCAUUCUGUGCGGAGGUUUGUUGCGAGCGGAUGAGGCUUUGGGAGGAGUGUUUGUUUGUGAGUGAGUGAGUGAGUGUCUGUGAGGGGGGGAGGGGGUAGCGGGUGGACACUGUGCUGCUUGUUUGGACCCGGGGAAGUGACGGAGAGAGAGAGAAGUUAGUGAGUGCUCCUGCUGCUGCUUCUGUUGUUGCUGCAGGGGCGGGGAAGCUGACAAAUCGCCGAGGUACAAGUGUUCAGCGUUCAGACACUGCAGCGCUGAGUAAAUUUAGCAGAUUUUUGUCUGCGAAGGUGGGUGUUAGUGUGUGAGUGUACAAUUGGGUGCCACUGUGGUGGUGCUCACGGGACAGGGCAGCGCAGGGAGUGAGUGAGUAUGCAGGAAGGCAGAGAGGGAGAGAGAGAGAGGGAGGGAGUUGUCGAUCGGGUCGAGUGUCAGUCAGUCGGAUCGAUACAGAAGUGAAGGAUCAAUUCACCAUUAGGGUUGGUUGGUGGGUGUAGGAUAGACGAGAUUCCUCUGUUAAAAAAGUAAUAGUGAGAGUGAGCUGCUUGCCAAAGCGAAUCUUCAUGUUGGUGUGGGAGCGUGUGUGCGAGUGAGGGAGGCUCAUACGACCGGUCCCUCACUGCCUCGCAUUCCCCUUUGCGCUUUGCCGGGUGUAGAAAUAGUGGCCGGGAGUGCGUAUGUCCUCCCUGUUUCGAGAGAGACUGAGAGCGAGGGGCGGAGGGAGAGCGCGAGAGAGCGCGAGCAGCUGAGGGAGGGAGGGCUCUGCAGUUGGUUUGUCUGUCUCUGUGUCUGAUCCAAGUCUGUCCCGCGGGGAGGGUGACGGAAGCAAGGGUCUGAUCUGACCAUCAUCGUCGUGGAACACGAGUUGUCUGUGUGUUUAAUCCUCGUUCGCUGUCUCUGUCUCUCUCGUAUUCCUUCCGUGCUUCCGUGUAUUAGUGUGUACCAUACGUCCUCACCAUUGAUUCCAACCUGUCCUGUCGUUCCGAAACCUGCAGAAUUGUGAAACUUGUGCCAGUAGCUCUGCAGCUGGAAGGCGUGCUGAGGAAAUCAACGGGGCCAGGCCCUUGAAAAUCUUCCGUCUUGCCUCGUCUGGGUCUUGAGGAAAUUAUUCGCCGACUUGGAUCUGCCAUCUCCAACACAGCAGCGUUGUGGUUGGGUGUCGUUGUUGUCGUCGUUGUCGUCGUCAGUGUUUUAGAAAGAUGGCGACGGUGUUCAGCAGUAGCGCUCUGAUCGCAGGAAGUACUCCCGUGACGGACUUCGCUCGCUCUGCCACCUCCCCCGAGAACCAUCCCUGCAGCGUGGCUCACGUUUCCUCACGUAAUUUCAAGCACAAGACCCCAUCAGUGAAAUCUUUUUUCUCAUCUCAUGUCAAACAAUCCUCCGUACUGCUCUUAUCUAAAGGGGGCUGCAAGCAACCACCAUUGCUAUCACACUCGUUUCUUCAUCAUAACAGAAACAGUGUUGCAGCAUUGUCUUCUCAUUUCCAAGAGGGUUAUAAGGGAUCCAAAUUGCGUGGCAACGUUGCCCGACAUCAAGGAAACGUGAAAUGUAUGGCGGCAGACAACGGGCGGGCUAACCAAGCGAAGCCUUUAGAGUUGGUUGUUUGCUUUGGAGAGAUGCUGAUUGAUUUUGUUCCCACUGUGGGUGGAUUAUCGCUGGCCGAUGCACCUGCCUUUAAGAAGGCACCUGGAGGUGCACCAGCUAACGUGGCAGUCGGAAUUGCUCGUCUUGGUGGCAACGCGGCCUUCAUGGGAAAGGUCGGAGACGAUGAAUUUGGGUACAUGCUAGUGAAAAUACUCGAAGAAAAUCGUGUUGAGAGUCGUGGUGUGCGUUUUGACCCCGGUGCACGAACAGCCUUGGCCUUUGUGACUCUCAGAGAAGAUGGGGAGCGAGAGUUCAUGUUCUAUCGCAACCCUUCUGCAGACAUGCUUCUGGAUGUUCAUGAACUCGACGUUGAGCUCAUCCAGCAGGCAACGAUUUUGCAUUAUGGAUCCAUCAGCUUGAUUGCCGAGCCGUGCCGUUCAGCACACCUCAAGGCUAUGGAAAUUGCAAGAAAGGCGGGUGUAUUACUCUCUUACGACCCCAAUCUGAGGCUUCCAUUGUGGUCUUCUCCUGAGGCCGCUCGCGAGGGUAUCAAGAGCAUUUGGGACCAAGCGGAUAUUAUAAAGAUAAGCGAGGAGGAAAUUUCCUUCCUUACCGGAGGUGACCCAUACAGCGAUGAAGCAGCCAUGUCUCUGUGGCAUCCUAACCUGAAGCUUCUCUUGGUUACGGAAGGAGCCAAUGGGUGCCGAUACUACACCAAGGAUUUUUCGGGCAAAGUGAAGGGCCUUACAGUUUCGCCAGUGGAUACAACUGGUGCUGGAGACGCAUUUGUAGGAGGGCUGCUAACUGCUCUUGUUCGGGACUUGAAUCUUUUUGAGGAUGAAACAAAACUGAGGGAGGCUCUAAAGUUUGCGAACGCUUGUGGUGCCAUUACAACUACCGAAAGAGGAGCUAUCCCCGCUCUCCCUGACAGGGACACCGUGAUGAGGCUUAUAAGUAAUGUUGCCGCUUGAGAAGAUUGAUAAUAUAAUCAAUCACGAACCAGAGGCACUUAGAAGCUUGCUGAUGUAGUUGCACCUUCUAGUGUCUCUGUUUCUCUUGGGCACAAGCCGGGAGCUCAAAUUGUUCCACAACAGUUUUGUACAUACUACUUACAGAAAACUAACGAAACGGGAAGAGAACUGGGAUGGUGGAGGGGACUUACUCUUUAGUGUUGCUCCUUUUGACACAAGUAGGAACCGUUUCAUUCCACCAAUGGAUGCAAUUGGGGACUCACUGACAGCAGAACAAACACGUGCCUGUUUUGAAAACUGAGAUAAUGUUUGAAAAUAUAGUCCACAUCGAUAUUAUUCUUCACAUCCAAUCUCAAUAAAGCUGUUGUCUGGUUUUC